GGGAAGCCCAUCCUCUAUUCCUAUUUCUGAAGCUCCUGCUCAUGAAGACUUCGAAUUGCUCUGGCCUUGAAAGGCAUUGACUAUGAGACAGUACCCAUCAACCUCAUAAAGGAUGGAGGGCAACAGUUCUCUAAGGAAUUUCAGACACUGAACCCCAUGAAGCAAGUGCCAGCCCUGAGGAUUGAUGGACUCAUCAUUGGCCAGUCACUGGCCAUUAUUGACUACCUGGAGGAGACUCGCCCCACUCCACGGCUCCUGCCGCAGGACCCAAAGAAGAGAGCCAGCGUGCGCGAGAUUUCUAACCUCAUCGCCAGCAGCAUCCAGCCCCUGGAGAACCUGUCUGUCCUAAAGCAGGUGGGACAGGAAAACCAGCUGACCUGGGCGCAGAAGGUCAUUGCUUCUGGCUUUACUGCUCUGGAGCAGAUCCUGCAGAAAACAGCAGGGAAAUACUGUGUAGGCGAUGAGGUGUCCAUGGCGUACCUGUGCUUGGUGCCCCAGGUGGCAAAUGCUGAAAGGUUCAAAGUGGAUCUCACUCCCUACCCUACCAUCAGCCACAUCAAGACACUGCUGACCUUGGAAGCUUUCCAAGUGUCUCACCCCUGCCAAGCUGAGGGCCUAGCUCCCAAAUUCCGCCCCACUGGCACAGGGCAGAGAGGAGAGACAGAGGAAGAUGUGGGGGCGCAGAACAGGCCCAGAAACAAGCAAGUUGUAACUGAAAAGGCAGGAGACUUGGACUCUAACCCUCAAACUUGA